AAACAACUCGGUUCCAUGUGUAUUUUUCUUUCCUUCUUUCUUUUAUUUUUUAAACACAUCUGGUGAGGAAAAAGUUAAGACUUGUUUUAUUUCGUAGUUCUUCAACUUGAUUUUUAAUUUUGGUUAUUGUUCCGUGUGCGGAGACAGACUUUAUUACCACACUCAUGAUGUGGUCAUGAAAAUCAGCUUGUGUUAGGCAAGUUCCUGUGAGGAGCCGAGAUGGGGAAGUAAGUUUUGUGACUUUCCUAUUUUGAAAACUGAAAAGUGAUAUUGUUCUGCUGGUCGAACCGGAGAAGAGGUUGUGUUUUUCCCCAUGAGGCCAUGGAGAUGGUCAGCGUGUUUCUGAGUCUCCUCUUUGUUUCAGGUGCUGCGGUUACUUGUCCUAAUAAAGGUCAUAUCAAUGUUCAUGCUCCGCGGUCGAUGGAGGCGCUGAGUGGAUCCUGUCUGCGGAUCCCGUGUAGCUUCACUUCUGCAGAAACACUAGAGUUCAAGGCAGGAACCUUCGGCGUGUGGAUUAAAAAAGACUCCAGAUUUGCAUCAUUUCCAAACAACGUGAUCUUCAACGGCAGCAGUCCAGUCAACACCUAUCAACUGGAGAUCACUGGAGAACUGAGGGAGAAGAACUGCACCACUGUCAUUUACAAUUUAACCAGGAGCCACUCGGACAGUUACUUCUUCAGAAUCGAGAGCGAAGCUUUCAAAGCAACGGCUGCUUGUGAUCCUCUUCAAAUAAACGUCAAAGAUUCUGCUCCGAGCCCCAGCAUUGAAAAGUCCGGUGGCGAUCUGAAGGAACAGGAGUCUCUGACUCUAACCUGCUCGGCUCCCACUCCCUGUCCACACUCGCCUCCCAAACUCACCUGGCUCGACCCACGAGGCCCUCGAUUAGAGGAAAACUCUGACGGAACCUUUACGACUAAACUCCGGCAGAUCAUCACUCUGUCAGACGAACAUGACGGAUACAACAUCACCUGCUCGGCCAGUUAUCCUGUGAGCGGGGGCACGGUCGAGGCGGCUCCAGCUGUACUGACUCUCAGUGUUUCAUACGCUCCCAAGGACACGCUGGCGUCCUCGGCGUCAGCCGGUGGCCGGGUGAUCCUGACCUGCUCCAGCAGAGCCAACCCGCCCGUCAGCCACUUCGCCUGGUUCAAGAAGAGCUCGGACGGAGCCGCGAACGUGUCGGCCGGAGUCGUUUACAACGUCAGCGCCGCAGAUGGAGGAGUUUAUUUCUGUCAGGCCACCAAUGACCUGGGCAGCGAGAAGUCAGCAGAGAUCCGUCUGACUGAUAAAGGAGAACCUCUGCGAUGGGAAGUGCUCCUCGGAGGGAUCGUUGGGAUCGUCCUCGUCGUCUGCUCCGUUGUCUUAGUUUGGCGUUUGAGGUCAACACGUCCGACAGCACAACAGACUCAGAGUCUAACGGGACAAGACCUGGCCGCCAAAGAGUCCGCCAGUAAAACAGGAGAGGAAAACAUCCAGUACGGUCAGAUCAACUUCUCCAAGGUGGGAGCUGAGCCGUCCCGGGACCUGCAGCAGCAGCCCGACACGGUGUACGCACAGGUCAAAGUGUCGCACAGAGCAAACAGCUCCACUCAGGCUGCUGACGAGGACCUCUACGCUCAAGUGAAGUGAAAAUGAGUUUUUGUGAAGACGAAGAUAGAAUUCAUAUGCUGGAAAAAGGACGUUUUCACUACAAAGACGAUCAGCGACCGUACACAAAGACGAUCACUGACUGUAUAUAAAGAUGACGACACGUCUCUUCUUCCUAUAAUUGAACAAACAUGAAGCUAUAAUAUCUUGUGCCGGUGGCGUCGUGUGGGAUUAGAGUCUGUGCAGUAUUGAUCGUGUCGAGGCCCUGCCCACACACACACUCUCGACCAAUCACGAGUCAGUGUCAGCUGUCAAUCGUGACGUCUCAUCCCCAUUUUUAUAUCAUCAAACAACUGAUGAGAAGCAAAGUGAUCAGAAACAUGAACACGUGAACAAACAUCAGUGAUAAGAACGACCUCACAUGACAUGGAGGGGGCGGGGCUUAUGACCUGUACUGCAGCCAGACACUAGGGGGCGAUAGAGAUGAUGAUCUCAUCUUCAUUUACAGUCCACGUCGUCAGUCGUACUCCAAUGCUAACAGUGGUUAUGUAGCGAAAACUUACCUUUAUUUAUUGCAGUGUGCUAAAAAUAAGCUUCUUCAAAAUAUUCACAAAGCACAAAAUUCUUCACAUUUAUUUCAUCUUAUGCAUUUUGUAUGAUUAAUGUUGCAAUAGUAUUAUAUUUAAUAUAUAAAUGAGGCUCUUGUUUCCUUUAAUUGACAUUGGCAUUUUUCAUGCUGUUUGAAGGCUGUAGCUGUACCAAUAAAGUUUAUUAAAAUGAUA